GCCAGCAACGAUGAUGAGGGAGGUGCUUUGCGCCUAAUGAAGGAGGUGCAAGUGAUAACCUCAAAUGUGCCAGGUCCUGCCCAUGCGAGAGCGAAUGUGCCAAAUAAAAACCGCGGUUUCAUGUGCGACCGAGGCCUACCGAGUUUCCAUAUCAUGAUCAAUUCAGUAGAUGUGUACCUUCUUGUUAAAUUCCUCAUUGGUGCCGAAAUAGAUAUUGGCCACCUUCUACCAGAUCAAGUACCGAAUUUCCAUGAUCAAUCCAUACAUAUUGCGCGAAAUCCUGCUGUCACAGCGAGGCUUUUCAAUACCUAUAUGAAAGCUUUCAUUAAAUGUCCUCUAUGA